AAAAGGCCAAAGUGAGCUACUUGCAAAGAAGAAAGCAGUUGUUAUUCCGACCUUCAUUUUCAGAAAGAUUUGUUCACCAUUCUCCACAAUAAUCAGACAGAGAUAUGGAAGGACACGAUCACAUAAAAAAUGGAUUUCUGAGAGCAGAUCAGAUCGAUCUCAAGAGCUUAGACGAACAAUUACACAGACAUCUAAACACCACCCCCACUUCAGCUACAACUAUCAGAAGAGCAAGAAGUUUCGACAAGAAUACGAACAUCAACCUCAAUAUUAGCCCCAUUAACUUCAAUAAUCCUUCGUAUAAUCAUCAAAAACCACAUCAUCUUCAUCAUCAACAAAAUCACCAUGGAGGAGUAAAUCUAGAGAAUAUUACAACUUCUAGGUUGAGGAUUGAUACUAAUACUAAUAGGCAAAGGCAAGAGUGGGAGAUCGAUCCUUCAAAACUCGUUAUCAAAUCUGUUAUAGCUCGUGGCUCAUUUGGCACUGUUCAUCGUGGCCUUUAUGAUGGUCUCGAUGUUGCAGUUAAACUUCUUGAUUGGGGUGAAGAAGGCCAUAGAACAGAUGCUGAAAUAGCUUCACUUAGAGCAGCUUUUACACAAGAAGUUGUUGUAUGGCACAAACUUGACCAUCCUAAUGUAACCAAGUUCAUAGGGGCAACAAUGGGGACAUCGGAACUAAACAUACAAGCAGACAACGGUCAUUUUGGCGUGCCACGUAAUUCUUGUUGUGUAGUAGUGGAAUAUCUUCCCGGUGGUGCUCUUAAAUCUUUUUUAAUAAAAAACCGAAGGAGGAAAUUGGCUUUUAAAGUUGUGAUGCAACUAGCACUUGAUCUUGCUAGAGGGUUAAAUUAUCUUCACACAAAGAAGAUUGUCCAUAGAGAUGUGAAAACUGAAAAUAUGCUUUUGGACAAGACACGAACAUUGAAAAUUGCGGACUUUGGGGUCGCUCGUGUAGAGGCAUCGAACCCAAAUGACAUGACUGGUGAAACUGGUACGCUGGGUUACAUGGCACCUGAGGUCUUAAAUGGGAGUGCAUAUAACAGGAAAUGUGACGUAUAUAGUUUCGGGAUUUGUCUAUGGGAAAUAUAUUGUUGCGACAUGCCUUAUCCCGAUCUUAGCUUCUCUGAAGUGACAUCAGCUGUUGUUCGCCAGAAUUUGAGACCAGAAAUACCUCGUUGUUGCCCGAACUCACUUGCAACCGUUAUGAAGAGAUGUUGGGAUGCAAAUCCCGACAGGAGGCCAGAAAUGGACGAGGUGGUUGCCAUGUUGGAGGCCAUUGACACUUCAAAAGGCGGCGGAAUGAUACCCGGAGAUCAACAACAAGGAUGUUUUUGCUUUAACCGGACCCGAGGCCCAUAAAAGUAACUUAAUUUCAAUUUCUCUUUUUCCCAAGAAAAACGUCUUAUGUUUUUUUUACUGUUAGUAGUUUGUACAGUAUAAUUAUCAAUACAUAUCCUUUCACUAU